UAGGAAACAGAGAUGAAGGUACACGCGCACACAAAAUUUUGCAUCAUCUGUUUGCUGACAUUUAUCUUUCAUCAGUGCAAUCACUGCCGUGAAGAGGGACACAACCAUGGUCCUGAAGAGGAACACGUGCACCGCCAUAACGACUAUCAGAUCUCAGAGGAAUCCUAUUUCCAGAAUGGAGGAACAGAAUCUGUGCCGAGUAAAUUUUCAGCGUUGGAAGCUGAAAAUGAACAAAAAUACUACAUUGAAAAGAUUUUUGAUCGAUAUGGUGAAAAUGGAAGGCUAUCUUUUUUUGGUCUGGAAAAACUCUUACUAAGCCUUGGUUUAGGAGAGGUAAAAGUAGUGAUGAUAAAUCAUGAUGAUAUUGGCCAUGAUCAUGUUUCCCACUUAUAUGCUUUAGAAGUACAGGAAGGAAAGCAUGCUCACUCUCACAACCAUCCUCAUUUUCAUAGUCACUCAGAUUCUGAAAACCAAACCACGACUGCCAUGGCUGCAAAGAGAAAUCAUAAAUGUGACUUUGAGAGAGACACAACUGUGUCAUCAGUAAAACCUGAGGGUAAACACAUUCAUGACCAGAGCCGCCGUCACCAUCACCAUCACCCUCAUCUACAUCAUCAUCUGGACCAUAAUGCUACAUAUCAUUCUCAUAAUGAUUCUGUGAGUCAUAGUGACCAUGGAGAACAGAACCAUGAACCUUCAACAGAAACAAAUGCCACACAGGAUCAGCCUGAAAGAAAACAACGUAAACAGAAGAAGAGACGAAAGAAAAUCAGUGGGACUUCAGUAGAUACUGCACAAGAUUAUGCUCCAGAUCAUGAUCAAGGUGAUCAGUAUGAGCACAAUCAUGUUCAUAAACACGAUCAUGUACAUGAGACAUCUCACUUGCAUGUACACCUUCAUGAACAUGGCAAUGAUCAUUCCACCAGUCAUGGACAUCAAGAUUCCAGCGUAGGUAAUGAGGAUGGACGUCAUCACACCAGCAAGCGAGAGGCAACGCACAAGCAGAUUAAUGUAAGAAAACAUGCAAUUUUUUCAACGCGUAGUCACAAGGAUCAUAAUGAAGAUGAACGUGAUCGUGAGGAGUGCUUAAAUGUUACCCAGCUGUUACGAUAUUACGGUCUGGAAACCAGCUCUCCAAUAUCUCCUGAGUUGUUUGUAUAUAUGUGUCCCGCUCUGCUCUACCAGAUUGAGAGGAGGCUUUGUAUUGUACAUUAUGAGGAGCUUGAAGAUUUAAUGAAAAAUAAAAGUGCAUCGAUUGAAAAUAAAAAUACAACAGGUGCUUCAGCCUGGUUUUGUGGUAUCAUCUCUAUCACCGUCAUUAGCCUGCUUUCCUUGCUAGGGGUGAUCUUGAUUCCCAUCAUUAACCAAUGGUGCUUCAAAUUUCUUCUAACUUUCUUGGUAGCUCUGGCUGUAGGAACAAUGAGUGGAGACGCCCUGCUCCAUCUGUUGCCACACUCCCAUGGAGGCCACAACCACAGCCACCACCAUGGACAAGGUCACGUUCAUGAACACAAGCGCUCUCACCGACAUGCCCAUGGACACGGAAUAGGGGCUGAGGGCUUUCUGGAAGAAAAUGACCCAGUGCUGAAAGGUCUCGUUGCACUUGGAGGCAUUUAUGUUUUGUUCAUCAUUGAACAUUGUAUAAGAAUGUACAAGCAUUACAAUAAACAAAAGAGUAAACAGAAAUGGUGCAAGAAGAAACAGACUGAAGAAUCGCCAAUUGGAAGGAAACUUUCAGACCACAAAUUAAAUAACAGACCAGAUGCUGACUGGCUUCAGCUCAAACCACUUGCAGGAGCAGAUGACUCCGUUUUAUCUGAAGACCGACUAAACGAAACAGAACUGACCGAUUUAGACGGCCAGCUGGAAUCUCCUCCCAAGAACUUCUUGUCUCUAGAAGAGGACCACACCACACAUCGCUCCCACAACGAUGUCUCGCGCACUGCGCAGGAGCACGAUCUCCGGGACUCCGAGUAUGACGGCCACGGCGAAGAGAAAAUGAUAGCUAGAAAACACAGCCACCACUGGCAUCCCAAGCAUUCCCAUCAUUCCCAUGGCCACUGUCAUUCUGGAAAAGACCUCAAAGAUACUGGGAUAGCUAAUAUUGCUUGGAUGGUAAUUAUGGGAGAUGGCAUUCACAACUUCAGUGAUGGGUUAGCAAUAGGAGCAGCUUUUAGUGCUGGGCUGACGGGAGGAAUUAGUACAUCUAUAGCAGUGUUUUGUCACGAGCUUCCCCAUGAACUAGGUGACUUUGCGGUGCUGCUCAAGGCAGGUAUGACAGUCAAGCAGGCCAUCGUGUACAACGUCCUGUCUGCCAUGAUGGCUUACAUAGGCAUGCUCAUCGGCACCGCCGUGGGACAGUAUGCCAAUAACAUCACCCUGUGGAUCUUUGCAAUCACCGCAGGCAUGUUCCUCUACGUGGCAUUGGUGGAUAUGCUGCCAGAAAUGCUUCACGGCGAUGGAGAUGAUGAAGAGCAUGGGUACUGUCCUGUGGGGCAGUUCGUGCUUCAGAACCUAGGUCUGCUGCUUGGAUUUGCCAUCAUGCUGGUGAUUGCCCUCUACGAAGAUAAAAUUGUGCUUGACAUCCAGUUUUGACCAUCUCUGGUAAUCUCUGGUUACACUGAUGUUACUGUCUGGCUUUGAGUCUGCUCUGCUUUACUGUAUGCACAGUGCUCAGAGGAA